CUGCUACGCGCCGGAAGUGGCUGAGACCCCAGCCUAGAGGCGCGGACGCCGGAGCGCCCGGCCGGGCGAAGUCAUGCCGGUCACUGGAAAGACUUUCCGCCGGCGCCGGGCGGACUCAGAGUCGGAGGAAGAUGAGCAGGACUCAGAGGAGGUUCGGUUAAAACUGGAAGAAACCCGAGAAGUGCAGAACUUGAGGAAGAGGCCCAAUGGGGUGAGUGCUGUGGCCCUGCUGGUAGGAGAGAAGGUACAAGAAGAGACCACUCUAGUGGAUGAUCCCUUUCAGAUGAAGACAGGUGGGAUGGUGGACAUGAAGAAACUGAAGGAAAGGGGCAAAGAUAAGAUUAGUGAAGAGGAAGACCUCCACUUGGGGACAUCCUUCUCUGCAGAAACCAACCGAAGGGAUGAGGAUGCUGACAUGAUGAAGUACAUUGAAACAGAACUGAAAAAACGGAAAGGGAUUAUGGAACACGAAGAGCAGAAAGUCAAGCCCAAAAAUGCAGAGGACUGUCUUUAUGAACUUCCAGAAAACAUCCGUGUUUCCUCAGCAAAGAAGACUGAGGAGAUGCUUUCUAACCAGAUGCUGAGCGGCAUCCCUGAGGUGGACCUUGGCAUCGAUGCUAAAAUAAAGAACAUCAUCUCCACGGAGGAUGCCAAGGCCCGGCUACUGGCAGAGCAACAGAACAAGAAGAAAGACAGUGAGACAUCUUUUGUGCCUACCAACAUGGCCGUGAAUUAUGUGCAACACAACCGAUUUUAUCAUGAAGAGCUCAAUGCCCCCAUCCGGAGAAACAAGGAAGAGCCCAAAGCCCGACCUUUGAGAGUGGGUGACACCGAGAGGCCAGAGCCUGAGAAGUCCCCUCCUAAUCGUAAGCGUCCUGCUAAUGAAAAGGCCACUGAUGACUAUCACUAUGAAAAGUUUAAGAAGAUGAACAGGCGGUACUGAGGGGAGACUCAGAGGGUUAAGUACUGAAUGUCAUGUAAAUAGCACCAAACCUUCCCUGCCCUUAAGUGAGAAGACUUCCUGGACAGAAGCUCACUCACUUGUGAGCAGACACUUGCCCAAACUGGUUCGGUUAGUGUCACAGUCUGCUUACCUGUUGGAUUUCUCAGGCACUGAAUUUGUAACCUUUUAAAACAAGAAAAUACGUGACGUGUAGUUUUCCCAUUUGGGCCAAACUCAAUUCUUGUGUAUGCUAUUAAAUUGUAUUGUUAAAUGCUGACUUCCUAAUGUUCAGUUUGGGUCAAGAGGAAACAUUUUAGGGCCAGGCAGGGCCGCACCUGGUUAAGCACAUGCAUUACAGUGUGCAAGGACCCAGGUUCAAGCCCCUGGUCCCCACCUGCAGGGGGGAAGUUUCCCAAGUCGUGAAGUGGGUUUGCAGGUGUCUCCCUCCCUCUCUGUAUCCCUGUAUCCCCCUCCUCUCUCAAUUUCUGUCUCUAUCUAAUAAUAAAUAAAAUAUUAAAAGAAUUGUC